AUAAAGUGCUAAAUAUUUAGGCCCUAAGAAAAAAUAAUAUAAAUAAACAUCCCGCCGUGACCAAUCGCCGGUGAGUAUCUCCAAAACCACGGCAAACGGCAAUUUUUUUUACCUUGUUCGGAAUUCUUCCGGCGGAGCAUCGCCGGAGAUAUUUGAAUACUGACACACUUGUUUUGAGCCUGUAGAAGAAUCAAAACUGAAAAAAAGCGAGGAAAGAGCAUUAACAGAGUAAUGGAUCGGUUAGUAGCAGCAAAGGAGCUAUCUUUUCGAAUAGGGUUUACUGGACACAGUGGUCACCUCACGAUCGAGCCUCUCCCUCCUGUUGAACGCGAUACUCCUCUCAAUUCUAUUCCUGACUUCAUUUUGCCACCUGCAUUUCCAAAGGAAACACCUGAUACAAUAAAGGAAUAUAUUAGGGAGAAGUAUCUAUUGCCUCAGCUAGAUGCAGACGAGUUUUCUCCCGAAAAAGUUGGAAGGCAGUGGGAGUUUGAUUGGUUUGAGAGAGCUAAAAUCCUUCCAGAUCCAUCUUUGCCUCGAUCUGUUGUUGUCCCUACAUGGGAAGUGCCUUUUAGACGUCAGCGGGACAGAUUGGAUAAUGGAAGAUGGGAACCAAAGUCAGAGGAGAGAGAUGUAUCAGAACUUACAAUUGGAGCUGAUGAUUCUGGGGCUCUACCGCGCAUUGUUGGACCACCAAAAGAUUUUGUUAGAGGAAGCAUUAACAGUCGUCCAUUUCGACCUGGUGGCUUGGAUGAUUCCCCUUCGUUGGGCAGAGUUGUUCCUGAUGGUGCUACAAACGGUGAAUGGGUAAGGGAGGUUCUUAAUGGCGGUCCUGCCCAAACCGCUCCUCCAAGCUUUAAGCAAGGACCUGAUCUUGGCGAUCUUAAGGAUACACAUUCAUGCUCUUGGAAUAUAUAUGAGGAUCAGAGUGCUGCUACGAACACAGUGGAGGUGAAACUGAGUGACUUAUCCGUGCAGUUUGAUGACUUGUUCAAGAAAGCUUGGCAAGAGGAUGUCACAGAGUUUGUUGGAGAUGGAAAUGGAGACGAGAUUGCACAUGUGCUUUAUGCUGAUGAUACCCUAUUGCAAUGUGAAGUAGACAGGGUGCAAGCUCUAUAUUUGAGGGUCAUUUUUUCGGUGUCCAAAGUUGUGCCAGGGCUGAAAUUUAACUUAUCCAAAGGUCAUACGUCUGAAUUGCAAUCUGAAGCGGAACAAUUGCCAUCUGUGAAGCCAGAGCUACUUCAGGUUGAAGCUGAAGUAAACAAGUCUGAAGUGGCUGACAAGGGUCUAGACACUGAGAUAUCUGUCUUGGAUGAGAUUUUGUCCGUUGAAGCAGAAGGAUCAAUAUCAAGAUUGGAUGUGGAUAAUGAUGGUGCACGUCAAGAGAAUGACGGAUGGGCUGUUACUGGUGGCGGUGAAGUAAUUGUAGAACGAUUUCAUGAUCUCAUCCCUGAUAUGGCUCUUACUUUCCCAUUUGAACUCGACCCCUUUCAAAAGGAGGCCAUCUAUCAUCUUGAAAAAGGGAACUCUGUCUUUGUUGCUGCUCAUACAUCUGCUGGGAAGACUGUUGUGGCUGAAUAUGCAUUUGCUUUGGCAGCUAAACAUUGUACCAGGGCUGUAUAUACAGCUCCAAUCAAAACAAUCAGCAAUCAGAAAUACAGGGAUUUUUGUGGGAAGUUUGAUGUUGGCCUUCUCACAGGUGAUAUAAGCAUAAGACCUGAGGCCUCUUGUCUUAUAAUGACCACUGAGAUAUUAAGGUCAAUGCUUUAUAGAGGGGCUGAUAUGAUUCGGGAUAUAGAAUGGGUUAUAUUUGAUGAAGUGCAUUAUGUCAAUGAUGUUGAAAGAGGUGUUGUUUGGGAAGAAGUUAUCAUUAUGCUCCCAAGACAUAUCAACUUUGUCCUCCUUUCAGCUACGGUACCCAACACAAUUGAAUUUGCAGACUGGAUUGGUCGUACAAAACAAAAGCAAAUUCGUGUUACUGGGACGACCAAAAGACCUGUCCCUUUGGAACAUUGUCUCUUCUAUUCUGGGGAGCUUUACAAAGUGUGUGAGAAUGAAGAGUUUCUGCCUCAUGGAUUUAGAGCAGCCAAAGAUGUACAUAAGAAGAAGACCACAAGUUCUGUCUCUGGCGGCGCCGGCUUGCGUCCUGGGUCUUCAACAGCUGCUGAUAAGGGUCGAGGGCAGAGGCGUGAUAGCUCUUCUCAGGCAAAGCAGCACAAGCAUUCUGGUCCCCAAAGAUUGGGGAAUUUUGGUGGUGGUUGGGGAACGCAAAGCACUGGGCCUGGACAGAAUGUUAUGGGGUUUAGGAGAUCAGAGGCGUCUUUGUGGUUGACGCUGAUUAAUAAACUCUUGAAGAAAUCACUGUUACCUGUGGUUAUAUUUUGUUUUUCGAAGAAUCGAUGUGACAAAUCAGCUGAUAACAUCCCUGGUACCGAUCUCACAAGUAGCUCUGAGAAAAGUGAAAUUAGGAUAUUCUGUGAUAAAGCAUUUUCGCGGCUUAAGGGAUCCGACAGAAACUUACCGCAGAUUGUCAGAAUUCAAAGCCUUCUCCACAGGGGCAUUGCUGUGCAUCAUGCAGGGCUCCUCCCAAUUGUCAAGGAAGUUGUAGAAAUGCUUUUUUGUCGAGGUUUGGUUAAGGUUCUGUUCUCGACAGAGACUUUUGCAAUGGGAGUUAAUGCUCCAGCCAGGACGGUUGUUUUUGAUUCUUUAAGAAAGUUUGAUGGCAAGGAAUUUAGGCAGCUACUUCCCGGAGAGUACACUCAGAUGGCUGGGCGUGCUGGAAGGAGAGGACUUGAUAAGACUGGUACAGUUGUGGUGAUGUGCCGAGAUGAGAUCCCUUUUGAAAAUGAUUUGAAGCAUGUAAUAGUUGGUACUGCGACUAGGCUUGAAUCUCAGUUUCGACUGACCUACAUCAUGAUUUUGCAUCUACUUCGGGUUGAAGAACUGAAGGUUGAGGACAUGCUGAAAAGAAGUUUUGCUGAAUUUCAUGCUCAGAAAAAACUACCUGAGCAACAACAACUCUUGAUGCGAAAGCUUGCUCAGCCUACAAAAUCUGUUGAAUGCAUAAAGGGUGAACCAGCAAUUGAGGAAUACUAUGACAUGUAUUUGGAGGCAGAGAAAUAUAGCCACCAAAUAGCAGAAGCAGUAAUGCAGUCGCCAGCUUCUCAGCAGUACCUUAGUCUUGGGAGAGCAGUGGUUGUAAAAUCACAAUCAGCUCAAGAUCACUUACUAGGCGUUGUGGUGAAGACACCUUCCUCUAACAACAGACAAUAUAUAGUUCUAGUUCUGACUCCAGAAUUGCCUUCAACUCUGGAAACUUCGUCAGAUAGAAGCAACAGGAAAGAUCAAAAAAAUUCUGAAAUGCAGAUACUAUUGCCUAAAUCAAGACGGGGUUAUGAUGAUGAGUAUUGUUCGUCAGUCACCUCCCGGAAGGGAUCUGGCGCUGUCAACAUCAAAUUGCCUCACCGCGGUAAUGCUGCCGGCAUGAAUUAUGAGGUUCGAGGAGUUGAUAACAAGGAUUUCUUGUAUAUAUGUGUGAAAAAGAUUAAGAUCGACCAAGUUCGGCUUCUUGAAGAUGUUAGUGCUGGGGCCUACUCUAACGCAAUACAACAGCUGCUCAGUUUGAAAUCUGAAGGAAAUAAGUAUCCUCCAGCCUUAGAUCCGGUUAAAGAUCUGAAGUUGAAGGACAUGAAUCUUGUGGAAGCAUACUACAAAUGGAAUAAUCUCUUGCAGAAAAUGGCACAGAAUAAGUGUCAUGGUUGUAUUAAAUUGGAUGAGCACAUGAAAUUGGCUAAAGAAUUAGAGCUGCACCGAGCGGAAGUGAAUGCUUUGAGGUUUGAAAUGUCAGAUGAGGCACUUCAGCAAAUGCCAGAUUUUCAGGGUCGGAUAGAUGUGUUAAAAGAAAUUGGCUGCAUAGAUGCUGAUCUUGUAGUUCAAAUCAAAGGUCGUGUUGCUUGCGAAAUGAAUUCCGUAGAGGAGCUGAUAUGCACAGAAUGUUUAUUUGAGAAUCAGCUUGAUGACCUGGAGCCAGAAGAGGCAGUGGCGAUCAUGUCUUCCUUUGUGUUUCAGCAAAAGGAGACUUCUGAAUCUUUCCUCACGCCAAAGCUUUCUCAGGCUAAAAAGAGAUUACAUGAAACUGCAAUAAGACUUGGGGAGCUUCAGGCUCAGUUUAAGCUGCCGAUUGACCCAAAGGAGUAUGCCCAAGAGAACCUUAAGUUUGGUUUGGUUGAAGUGGUAUAUGAAUGGGCAAAGGGGACCCCAUUUGCUGAGAUAUGUGAACUCACAGAUGUCCCUGAAGGUGUUAUAGUGAGGACUAUUGUUAGAUUAGACGAGACUUGUCGUGAAUUUAGAAAUGCUGCUGCAAUUAUGGGCAACUCUGCACUGUACAAGAAAAUGGAAACUGCAUCUAAUGUGAUCAAGCGCGAUAUCGUGUUUGCAGCUAGCUUAUAUAUUACCGGAGUUUGAUUAGGUCCGGAAGCCUUGAUUUCAUUUGCAAUUCUAAAGGACCUGACGAUACACAUGUUGUACACUAGAAUAUGUUCGCCAAGGUGUGGACUUUGAGCAAGGCUACCCUACAAUUUGGCUAAUUUGUACAGAAAUUCAAGUCUUUCAAAUGUACAUUUAGCAAUCGACAGUAGAUUACACCAUGAUUAGCACAGAGAGAUACAUAAACUUAAAGGAUUUACUGUAUGACAUUCUCUUAAAAUUUAGGUAUGAUUUUGAAGUUCUGCAUCUA